AUGACGAUUUUGCAUCCAAUAAUAACGGAUGCUUGCUAUUUUUUGGUUGUUGUUGUUGCUGUUGUUCAAUGUAGUAGCCAUAAUAAUUUCAAUGAUCCUUUUGGUAAACAUCAUUCCAUGAAAACUUUUCCUAGCCCAUAUGGUUGUAAUCGAUCAUUGGGAAUUUCAUUUCCUUCAAUAUCAUUACCAAUAAUAUAUUCAACGGAGUUGAAUGUAUCAUCAACAUUUUACAUUAGCAAUGAACAAGUCAUGGUCACUUGGCCAGCAACAUAUUCGUCAUGUGAUGAUGAUUUUAUUGGUAUCUACUUUAUUGAUAUUCCACUUCUGAUAGGAGCAUGCGAUUAUUUUGAUUAUGAAUUUAUUCAAACGAACCAAACAAUUAUGUCAUGGCAAAUGAUUAAUUUGCAUCGUCCUCUUGAAUUUCGUUAUUAUUCACGUGACAAGAAUUGUUCAGGGAAUUAUUCGCUUAUGGCAAAAUCUGCCAUUGUUCAAUCGUUCAAUUACAAUGCACCAGAACAAAUUCAUUUAGCUUACGGUGAUCAAAUCGAUCAUAUGUUUGUUUCAUAUGUAACGAAUUCUUCGGAAUACGUAUCUGAAUGUCAAUAUGAAUUGGGUCCAUCAUCGCUUCAACGGCGAGUCCAAGGAACAACAAUCACUUAUAAAGCAUCGGACAUGUGCAACGGUCAAGCCAAUAUUCCGGGUCCAAAAUCAUUUAUCGAUCCUGGUUUUAUUCAUACAAUUAUUUUCGAAGAUAUUCGUCCAGCAACAACCUAUUUUUAUCGAGUAGGAAACGAACAACAUGGGUGGUCGUCAGUACUUUCAUUCACAAAUCGUCCUGCUGAUGAUUAUAAUGCGAAAGUAUUAUUAAUAGCUUACGGUGAUAUGGGUGUAGCACCUACUCAACCCGGUGCCAAAUCGACUGUGGAUCGAGUUCAAGCACAAGUAUUAACGAAUAAUAUCACAUGUAUAUUACAUAUUGGCGAUAUUAGUUAUGCACGUGGUAUUGGUGCACUUUGGGAUGCGCUUAUGACUCAAAUCGAUCUAAUUGCAUCUCAUGUGCCAUAUAUGGUAGGCAUUUGA